AUUGUUGUUCUAAUAUCAAACAAUUUAUUGCUACGUAGUUUAGUUUGGUUCACAAAUCAAAAAACAACAAAAUGUGACCACACUCUAAAACGACGCCGUUGCAUUGCGUCCCCCCAAAAUCCAAACUUUUGCCCUUAUCCAAAACCUUUGAAGACUCAUCGAACUACUCUUCUUAUAGUUCGAAAACUCGAAGCUCUGAGCUUGGCAUCCAUCUAUGGCUUCCCUCCGCCUUCUUUGCUUCCCAGCUACGACAUGUUUUCCCAUAGAACGACAAUUUCAAUUAUCUUCACAGUGUCAUAUCUCUGCCACUUCCAACUCUCUCAAACUUCCAUUUACGACCAAAAGAGUCAAUACUAAUUUCGUUCUCCAUUGCUCUUCCACUGCCCAAGACCAAGCACUUCAAUCUUCUCCGGUGAGUGGUGCCACUACCAGCAGUGAAAGUGAAGAACUUGAGUCAGACACCGAGGAAGUUUAUAAAGACAGAUUAUAUGCCCAGAACGUUCCUUGGAAUUAUACCCCCGAAGAUAUUCGUGCUCUUUUUGACAAGUAUGGAACUGUGGUAGACGUUGAGCUUUCUAUGUAUAACAAGACCAGAAACAGGGGUUUGGCAUUUGUUACAAUGGGUUCACCUGAGGAGGCUCUUGCUGCUCUCAAUAAUCUUCAAUCGUGUGAAGUGGAUGGUCGUGUUAUAACACUUGACUAUGCCAGACCAAGAAAGAAGAAAGUUGUCACUCCUCCACAACCUAAGCCAGAAGUGACAUUCAAUUUGUUUGUUGCAAAUUUGUCAUUUGAAGCAAGAGCUAAAGAUCUCAAAGAGUUCUUUAACUAUGAGGGUCAUAGUGUAGUCUCUGCAGAAGUUAUAUUCCAUGAAAAUCCAAGAAGGUCCUUGGGAUACGGAUUUGUGUCCUUCAAAUCCAAGAAAGAAGCUGAUGCAGCUCUAACUUCUAUUCAAGGAAAGUUGUUUAUGGGAAGACCAAUUCGAGUGGCACGCAGUAAACAAUUUGUCAAACAACCAGCCAAAGAGGGUGCAGAAUCUGAAGAUACUUCACAGGAGUUGAACUCUGGUGUAGAAGAAGCAGAAGUAGCUAAUUAAGUGUAUAUGUGAGAUUUUUUUCAAUAGUGACAUCAGGGAUGUCUACACUGUUGGACUUUCAAUUGUUGGUGCAUUUCAAAACUAUGUUCCCUUUUCCCCCUACAAUGGCUGAUAUACUAGAAUGACAGAAGCACAACUUUGAUAUUCUUAUAGAACCUUACUCCAAUCUUCUUCUUCCUGGUUUAGGGAGGGGUUGAGGCUGUAAGAGGGGGUCCAUUUUGUAUGUGGUAAUAUUGGUUGUCUUGUGUCUAAACCAAGUUAGGAUAAGCUGUAAAUGCUCCACUCCUGAAGUUUUGGCUUAUAUAUAAUAUAGCUUCUUGGUGUUUGAUUUUUUCUU